UUCCAGGUUGGACCUGCUGCCGAGCGACCGUUUAUUCCUGCGGGCCUUUGUUCUGCAUUUCCCCUGGAGCCGGAAUACCUUUUGAAACCCUUUGAGGAUUAAUUAUAUUUGCUUAUUUAUUUAUGUUUUGAUCAAGAUGGGCUGCUCGGGAUUCACCUGUUCCAAACACUGCCUGUGUGCGCUCAACAUCCUCUAUGUUAUGGUGAGCCUGCUGAUGAUCGGCAUCGCGGCGUGGGGGAAGUGGUUCGGCCUGGUCUCCAGUUUCCAGGUGGUGGGGGGCAUCAUCGCCGUGGGGGUCUUCCUCUUCUUCGUGGCCGGGGCCGGCCUGAUCGGAGCCAUGAAGCAUCACCAGGUCCUGCUCUUCUUCUACAUGAUCGUCCUGUUCAUGGUGUUCAUCGUGCAGUUCUCUGUUUCCAGCGCCUGCUUGGCCAUCAACAGAGAGCAACAGGAAAUGACUAAGAGAAGUAGAAGAGGACAAGGCAGAUCGACAGGAAGGGGGUUCAUUCCAGAAGUGAUUAAACACGGAUGCUCUUUAAUACGGGCUUCCUGUCUCAGAGGAACAGAGCUGCAGCGGUCAGCAGGAAAACAUGUUGAUAUCAUCCAUCACUACCAUCAGCACAGAUUGCUGGCAGUGGUGAAGAUCAUCUUCCCUUCACAAGAAGUGGCUCUCCUUGUAUCUGUGGUGUCAGUAAUGAAGUGGAAGUGAUUUGUGGUCACUGUUUAAAGCCUUUUCUGAUGCUGCUAACAUCUAAACCAUUAGAUCAGACGGAUAGUUGAUCCUUAUUUAAAGGUCCGUGUGCAGCCAGCAGCUAUUAGACAGAAGGCUCUACAAUAAGGACCUCAACUGCUGUGAGACUGAGAGGAUCACACAUACUUAUUCUGCCAUUUACAUUCAAAACUACUCACAGCCCAUAUCUUGUAUUGAUCCAAAUAUGUUUGGGACAUAUGAAAAAGCUUCUGCUUUGAUUAUUAAUUAAUGUAUGACAUAUUUCCCCCCCCCAAAAAAGCCUCUUUAAAAAGAAUCUGGAAUUCACAUUAUCUACACGUUUCAGCCAUUUUUGAAAAGUCCAGAAUCUAUGAAUUUGCAUUACACAAACACACACGCGCACACACACACACAUAUUGCUUUUAAUUUUCUUCAGUACCCUGCUUAAGACAUUUUUUUUCAAUACUGGAGCAUUUCCACUUUAUGCUACAACAUUGGUUACUAGUUCAUUUUAAAUCUUAUAUUAUUAGAACAUAGUAUAAAUGAACAAAUGUAUUCUUAUGUAAUAAUAUGAAAACUACAAAAAUGGCCAUUCUCCAUAAAGUAUACUUUUAGUUUUGGUACUUUAUGUUUGUUUUUUUAAGUACUUAAAUGAAUGUUUCUACACUGUGGUAUUACAGUGUACUAGUUUCACUAAUAUCUGAGUAUGCAUCCACUUUUGCAUAAUACUGGAUUCAGUGCUUUAUGAAGAGUGCUGUGUGUGUGCGUGCGUGCGU